AUGACGACGUCCCCCGCGAGCGGCGACGCGUUCGGCGCCGUCAGCGGGUUCGUCACCCUGCUCGCGACGCUCCCGAUCUUCUCGCUGUCGCUCCCGCUGUCGUUCGUCUUCGGCGUCCCGAGCGUGUGGCAGUUCGGCGAGGCGUACCGCCCGUCGUUCUCGUACGUGUGGUCCAAGUUCAUGACCGAGGCGGUCAUGGGAGUCAAGCUCAAGCUCGUGGGGAACCGAGGACUGUACAAGGACGGCGAGUGCGUGUAUCUCAGCAACCACAGGGCGUGGGCGGACUUCUUCGUCGACAUGUAUCUCACCGAAGGAAGGGCGUUCAUCUUGUCGCGGUACCUCGUCGUGUACGCGUUCCCGCUGUUCGCGAUACCUGCGAUGUGCGACGGCGCGCUGUUCGCGUUCAAGCGCGGGAAACCCGGCGCGCACGAGGAGCUGAACGCGCAGCUGGACGCGCACUUGAAGACUUUCCCCGAUUACGCCGGGUUCGUCGUCUACCCGGAGGGGACGAGAAACGUGAAACCGCGGAGCUUGUCCCUGAAGCGGGGCCUUCUGAAGUACACGUGGUCGCGGAAGAAGACCGUGCAGGUGAUCAUCGCCGCGGAUAAAGAGCAGGUCUUAUCCGAGCAGAUCGGGAAGGCGUCGUACGGGGUGGAGAUACCCGUGGGGUACUCGGACGUGAUUCACUCGUCCGAGUACGAAAACGACUUCGAGGGGUUCGCGAGGGAGGUCCAGAAGACGUGGGACGCGGAGUGGGAGAAGGUGUAUAGCGCGCGGCGCGAUCGCACCAGGGCGCUGCACCCGAAAGCGCAGCUCGUGACGUACACCCGGGGGAAGACGAUCCUGCUGCUGACGUCCGUGGGCGCGCUCGCGGCGGCGACGGCGGCGUUCGCGUGGAUGUUCUGGGUAACCGUCUGGGCGAGAUAUCUGUCGCGGUGA